AUGACAAAAGAUCGAUUACCCGCUUUGCGGGCUGCACAAAAUGCUGAAGAUAGCGAUCCAGAUGCAGCUUAUGUUGCACUUAAUAUGGAAGAUAAUAGUCGAUUUAUGUCCGAUUUUUUUGCUCAUGUCGAUUCAUUACGUACAAAUAUCGAUAAAAUAAGUGAACUUGUUGAUGAAGUUAAACGUCUUCAUUCAACAAUAUUAGCUGCACCACAAGCUGAUGAUCGAACAAAAGAAGAAUUAGAAGAAAAAAUGGCUGAUAUUAAAAAAUUAGCUAAUGAUGUACGACAACGAUUAAAAACUAUGGAAACUGAAUUAGAACAGGAAGGAAAUGAAAAUGCAUGGCGUACAGCCGAUUUGCGUAUACGAAAAACUCAGCAUGCAACAUUAUCACGUAAAUUUAUUGAUGUAAUGAAUUCAUAUCGAAAUGCUGAAAUUGAAUAUCGAGAACGUUGUAAAGCUCGUAUUCAACGUCAACUUGAAAUCACCGGACGAUCAGUAACCGAAGGUGAAGUUGAAGAAAUGCUUGAAUCAGGAAAUCCAGCUGUAUUUACACAAGGAAUUAUGGUUGAAACAGCACAAGCUAAACAAUCACUAGCUGAUAUUGAAGCACGACAUGGUGAUAUUAUAAAACUAGAAAAAAGUAUUAAAGAAUUACAUGAUAUGUUUAUCGAUAUGGCUGCUCUUGUUCAAACACAAGGUGAAAUGAUUGAUCGAAUUGAAUUUAAUGUUGUUCAAUCAGAAAAUUUUGUCAAAGCUGCAAGUACAGAUACGAAAAAAGCUGUUAAAUUUCAAAGUGCAGCACGACGGAAAAAAAUUAUCCUUAUUGUAAUCCUGGUGAUUGUUGUGAUUGUUAUUGUGCUUGUGCUUAUUGUUUAUUUUGCUACGAAAAAUUCUGGCAGCAGCAGUCCAUCAUCAAAAACGAUUGCUAUAUCAGGAUAG